AGGUCGGUCCCAGGAAGCUACCUCCAUACUCCGUUGAAGUAGAAGCAAUCCAACACAAGAGCAUGGAAGUCUUCCACAAAAUCUACUUCCCAGAUGACAGUGACGAAGCUUUUGAGGUAGAUUCCAUGACCAGAGCGAUAGAUUUGUGCAAAGUUAUUGUAUCCAGACUCGAUCUCAAGUCCAUGGAUGGAUUCAGUUUGUUUGUAGCGAUAUCAGAUAGGGUAUUUUCUAUUCCGUACAAUACCUUCUUCUAUGACUUCUUGAGUGAACUUAUCAACUGGAUAAGAGCUACCAAGCCUAGCUGGGGAAGUGCAGCUCAAAUUACAGCAAACUACCAAAUAUUUUUCAUGAAGAAACUCUGGGUAAACACUGUACCUGAAAGGGACCCAAAUGCAGAUCAUAUAUUCCAUUACCAUCAAGAAUUGCCGAAGUAUUUGAAAGGGUACCACAAGCUAACCAAACAAGAUGCUAUCAAUCUAGCAGCACUGAUUUUGAGAGCACGAUUUGAGGACAAUCUCCAAGAAGUCCAAAGCAUACUCGCUCACAGCUUGAAAGACAUCAUUCCUGCUGAUAUAAUCAAAGCAGCCAGCUCUUCUGAAUGGAAAAAGCAAAUAUUUGCAAAGUACGGAAACACGCCAACGUCCAGAGAACAUGCAAAAACUGAGUUUUUGAAAAUAAUACACAAAUGGCCAACAUUUGGAUCAACUUUCUUUGAAGUUAAACAAACCACUGAGCCUACCUAUCCCGAGGUUAUCCUCAUUGCAAUCAACAGAAGAGGGGUCAAUAUUAUACAUCCACUGACAAAGGAUAUUCUUGCUACCCACGAAUACCCCGAACUGAGCAACUGGUCUUCAGGGAACACUUAUUUCCACCUCACCAUCGGCAAUAUUAUGAAAAAGACGAAACUGCUUUGUGAGACUUCGCAAGGGUACAAGAUGGACGACCUGAUCACAUCGUACACGGAUUUUUUCAGAAACGAAAGCUCCAAAAAAUGAAAAAUUCUACUAGUUUUUGUUAAUACAGUGAAGAUGUUUGAAAUAUGAAAAUAGUUUAUUUAAGAACUGAAUAAAGC